AUGACGGCUAAGGAAUGCCCGCACGGCAUUCGCAUGGCCCUCGUUGCAGCGUCCGCUGCCACGGCUGAAGCUGUGACUUUCCCAAUUGAUUUUGGGAAGACACGCAUGCAAUUGCAUGCUGGAAGGCAAACCUUCUCUGGUGCCUUGGCCUCCGCAGUCCGCAAAGAAGGAAUAGGCGGAGUCUAUGCUGGUAUCCAGCCAGCCAUUGUUCGUCAUCUUGUGUAUUCAUCCUUGCGGAUCUCUUUGUACGAGGAUCUUCGCAAGCGUUUGACUCGUCAUUUCUCCAAUUCAGCCAGCAGUGCUUUGGCUGGCCUGCUGGGUGGGGGGCAUUGCGCAGGCAGUGGCUUCACCUGCUGA